AUGGCUCUGCCCUCGGGCGCGGCUCCACACAGAAGACGCGGAGCAGCGCUAAGUCAACACUUAAAGGGUUUGGACGAACACAGCUCUAUUAGCCCGAGGCACCUCCACAGCCAUCACAACUACCACAACCUCCACAACCUCCGCCAUCACUGCCUCCAGAACCAUCAUAGCCUCCACAGCCACCACAACCUCCAUAGCCACCACAACCUCCACAGCCAUCACAACUACCACAACCUCCACAGCCAUCACAACUACCACAGCCACCACAACCUCCACAGCCAUCACAACUACCACAACCUCCACAGCCACCACAACUACCACAACCUCCACAGCCACCACAACUACCACAACCUCCACAGCCAUCACAACUACCACAACCUCCACAACCUCCGGCAUCACUGCCUCCAGAACCAUCAUAACCUCCACAGCCACCACAACCUCCAUAGUCACCACAACCUCCACAGCCAUCACAACUACCACAGCCACCACAACUACCACAGCCACCACAACUACCACAACCUCCACAGCCACCACAACUACCACAACCUCCACAGCCAUCACAACUACCACAACCUCCACAACCUCCGCCAUCACCACCUCCACAGCCAUCACAACUACCACAACCUCCACAACCUCCGCCAUCACCACCUCCACAGCCACCACAACUACCACAACCAUCACUGCCUCCACAACUACCACAGCCACCACAACCUCCGCCAUCACAUCCUCCACUGCCAUCACAGCCAUCACAGCCUCCACUGCCAUCACAGCCACCACAACCUCCACAGCCACCACAACCUCCACAGCCAUCACAACUACCACAGCCACCACAGCCACUACAUCCUCCACAGUCACCACGACUACCACUGCCAUCACAGCCUCCACAUCCUCCAUAACCUCCACAGUCAUCCCAGCCUCCAAUACCACAACCUCCACAUCCUCCACAAUCACCACAGCCACUGA